UGGGGAAACAAUCUGCAGAAGACAAAGUGAUUAAACCAUCCCUUUAAAUCCAGUGUAAUUACAAAAUGAAGGUAGUAAUAGUCCUGGUGCUUGCUGCAGUAUCGUUGGGUCAUGCUGAACAUAGAGGUCGAGACUAUGUACGGGACAAAAUCUGUCAAGAAUUCAACAGCAUGGGAAAAGACAACUUCCGAACUCUAGCAAUCAUCCUGAACAGCAAGAAAUUCUCCAAUGCCACCUUUGAAGAGAUCAGUCACCUUGUGAAAGAGGUGGUCUUCCUGGCAGAAACGUGUUGUCUCAAAGGGGUUCACCCCAGCUGCUAUGAAACUGGGUCUUCAGCUCUGUCUGCCAAGUCCUGUGAUGAAAACUCUCCUUAUCCUGAUCACCCAGGGAUUGCGGCUUGUUGUACCCAGCAAGGGUUAGAGCGAAAGCUCUGUCUGGCCGCCCUGCACCAUCCGCCCAAAGAGUUCCCUACAUACGUGGAGCCAUCGAAUGAAGAACUCUGUGAGGCCUUCAAGAAGGACCCCAAGGAUUUUGCAGAUAGGUUUGCUCAUGAGUAUUCCAGUAACUAUGGACAAGCCCCACUCCCAGUAUUAGUGGGUUCUAUAAAGAGUUACUUAUCCAUGGUUGGGACUUGCUGCAUUUCACCAAGCCCUACUGUGUGCUUCUUGAAAGAGAGGUUAGAAAGAAGGACUCUGUCCAUACUCACCACCAUGUCAAACAGAAUUUGUUCCCGCUAUGCAGUAUAUGGGAAGGAAAAAUCAAAGUUCAGCACCUUAACAAUGUUUGCUCAGAAGAUACCCUCUGCCUCGUUUGAGGACAUUUCCCCACUAGCUGAAGACUCUGCUGAGGUGUUUUCCAAGUGCUGUAAUUCCAUGGCUGAAGACUGCAUGCAGAAGGAGUUAUCAGAACUCACCACAAAAAUCUGCACUAAACUAUCAUCCAAGGACGAAAAAUUUUCUGAUUGUUGCAAAGGAAAAAAUCUCCUGGAAAACUACUUCUGCAUGUAUUCACUGCAACCUGCUAAAUCCCCUCAACUGCCGGAACUCCAAAGGCCCACAGACGAACAGCUGUGCACUGGUGAUGGGAGCCAUCAGAUGGAUCGAUUCAUAUUUGAGAAAGCGCGAAGGCAAACCAGCAUCCCAGAGGUGUUCCUAAGUAAGGUGUAUGAUGCUACCCAUAAUCUUGUCAAUGGAUGCUGCCCCGCUGCGGAUUCCAUUGCUUGUGUCUCUAGCAAGAGGCCACAGCUGAAAGGGGAGAUAUUCAAAUUCCUAGCAAAGGCCAAUGAGCUAUGUGGAGAAUAUAAUGACCUGACGUUCCUUGAAUUCAAACAGAGACUAAAAGAAAGCUUCAGCAAGACAAUGCCUGAUGCAACCCCAGCCUCCCUUGCCGAGCUGGUGGAGCAGAGAGUCAAUUUCGCCUCCACAUGCUGUAUUAUGAAUGCACCUCCAGUGUAUUGUGGCGUGAAGAUUAACACUGAAGUUGGACACACAUGUGACCACGAUUCCUGCAUGUUGAUCUAGCUGUGGAAAUGCAAACAAAAACAAAACCUCCCUAGGCACAAAGUGAAAACAGCAAUUAAAAGGAAGCAUGAUCCUCCAUUUAUGGUGAUGCGUGAGGACCUCUGCUUUUCCUGAGUCACAAGAACGAAGACCGUGAAUCAGUCUCAUGGCUUCUUAUCUAUUAUUACAGCAAUGUGACUAGUGUUUAUUGCAACCUCAA